CGAGGUGAGGGUUGUGUCUUUUCCAUAAUAGAUGGGUAGGGGUUCGGUGACAUGAUCCAGGUGGGUGAACAGUGGAGGAGGGGAGCAGGCAGGGGAGUGGGAGGAGGGUAUGUCCAUGCCCUUGGAAGCUUCCAGGUCAGUGCAGCAGUGCCUGCAGGCAUGCCCUUCCUUUCCUAAAAUGUGGGUGUCAGGCUCUUGUAGACUAGAUGUGCGCUUGAGCAAUCAUAUCUUGCCGAAGCUUCGCCCCCCCCCUCAGCUGCGUUGUUGUCCAUUUCGGCACAGAGUGCUUGGCCAUCUGCCCUGUGGAGCAGAAAGCAUGUGGAGAUCGUCCUCAUCAUCCUCGCGAGUUCUAUGGCGCAGUUUUGGUUGCCUGCGAGCUCACCGAUCAGCGUCAGGCGUGAAGACGUCGGUCGUUGCACGUUGCGGUUUCGCAGAGGUUGGCGAUGGCCCGCUGGUCGUCGGCAAGGGCAGCUUUCUGCUGAGCAGGCCAAGCUGGUUUGGCUGUCAGUCCUUGUUCCAUGCGUCGACGGGCCCUUGGAAGAAGCUAGAUGGGCGAGUCGCAAUGGAGUUGUGUUCGCUGCGUUCGGGUUCAAUGCAGCUUGGCGUGCUCAGCCAUCGGUAUGCAGGUGUUGUGGGUGAGACUGCAGCAGCUGUGCACUUGGUCCAUCCGCAUGCAGGUGUUGUGGGUGCACGGGGGAAUUCGACGGCAAUUGAGGGUGCUCCUCCUCCGGGGGAUCGACGACCGGCAGCUGGAGGUUGGCGUGAACCGAGGUCUGUAGCUCAGAAUGACAAAGACGAGGUUCCCGAGUGGGUGAGACGAACGGCUUUUGGCAGGGAAAAGGGUAGCAGAGAAGGGAUUCGAGGAGAGAGGAAUGGAGGGAGAGGCGAUUGGAGGAGGAGAGAUGGCUUUGAGAACAGAGGAGGAGGGUCACAAGGGUUCGGCAGAGGACAGGAAGGCGCCAGCUUUGAUAGAUCUGGAACAAGAGGUGCCGGUGUAAGAGACCGGACAAGGAGGGAUGACGACAGGAGCGAUUACUCACGAAGGGAUAGCGAGCUUGAGGGCAGGAGCUGGAAUCGGCGAGGUGGGGAAACUACAGACGGGGGAAGGCGAUCGGAUCGGUGGGCAGGAAGCGAGAGAAGAGAUGGAUCUGAUCGACGGGCAGGAAGCGAGAGAAGAGAUGGAUCUGAUCGGUGGGCAGGAAGCAAGAGAAGAGAUGGAGCGGAUCGGUGGGCAGGAAGCGAGAGAAGAGAUGGAGCGGAUCGGUGGGCAGGAAGCGAGAGAAGAGAGGGAUCGGAUCGGUGGGCAGGAAGCGAGAGAAGAGAGGGAUACAUGCCCAGACAAAGAGGUCAGGAUAGACCAGAUGAGAGAACGCAUAGGUAUGCACGAAGAAGGGCUGAUGAUGACUUUGAUACAGACGGCAGAGAGCAGAAUGAUUGGGGGGAAGAACGGGCAGGUGGUGGGAACAGGCGGAAUAGAAAUGGGCCCAAGGACUGGGAAAUGCGAGGGAGGGUGGCGCCGCGAAGACAGGGAGCGUUUCUGAACGACAGCACGUACGGAAAGGAUGAACGCGGUGGGGAGUGGGGUAAAUCACACAUUCCAAGGGGGUCUAACAACUGGUGGGAGAGAGAGGGACUCGCUCUACCACGAAAGAGCAAUGGCAGAGGAGAGAAGCUGCAGGGCGAAGAGCGGCCAAGUGCAUGGACUGGGGUCAAUUGGAAAGGCGCCAGUCAGCAAGACACAGACUGGAGGAGGCUCAUCAAGGGAGUACGAUCGGAUGUAAGGAGUCGUUUGCCUGUCCCAAAACGACUAAGUGUUGAGAAGGACUGGCUCGAGCUGGAAGAUACCAAGGCGCUUACGCGAGCACUGCUAGAAGCUGGAGAUGCAAGAGCUGCCUUGGAGACCUGGAAAUGGGCCAGAACGACAGACUGGUAUGUCCCCGAUCAGGAGAUCGACUCGAGCUUGAUCGUUGCCAUUGCUGCGACCGGACGGACAAAGUUUGUCGUGGGGAUCUUAGAUAACAUGGCAACAGCGAGGAUGACCCCCAGCUGGGAGGCAUACUUGGCUAUGUUUGAGAUGUACAAGCAGAAAGUGAUGAUGAAAGAGUUUGUCGAUACCUACCGUCAUCUUCGGCAGUAUACGGAAUUCGAACCGACUGAAGAGAUGUACCGAUCUGUUCUUAAAGCUUGCAGGCAGAGUAAUGUGUCGCUGGAGGGUACAGAGCAGGUGGUCGGUGAAAUGCUAGGCAAGGGGAUGGCGCUCGACAUGGACGAGAUCUCGCACAUUGUUGAUAUCUGUGGCAGAGAAGGAAAGCUGGACAAAGUGGAACCUCUGCUGAGCAGCAUCAAGAAGGACGGAGCGGAGGACUUCGACAGUGAUGUCUUGCUGACUUUGUUGACUGGUUAUGGAAGGUGGGGAGAUGUAGAGCGUGCACAAAGUCUUUAUAAACGGCUCGAGGCAACAGGAGAAGCUCUAUCUUGGCGUGCAUACGCUGCAUUGAUGCAAGCAUAUGCUAAGGUGGGCGCUCUGGAUGAUGCGUUUGCCGUGCGCGAGCGGGCAAGGGCGGCUGGGGUGACGUUCAGCCUCGUCGUUUUUGAACCUCUCUUGAGAGCCCUCAUGAAAGCUGGAAUGGUGGACAAGGUCGAGUUGGAAAUGGUACCUGACAUCCUGAACGAGGGUGUCCCGACAGACGCAGUCUGCAACAAACUCAUACGGCUGUAUGGGGAUUCUGGCAUGGUGGACAAGGUUCAAGGGGUUCGCGAAACUGUUGAUGGAUUGGGGUUGGGAUGGCAGUAUCCAUCGUACAAGUCGAUGCUGGAGGUCUAUCUGAAGGCUGAGCGCUGGGAAGAGGCAUUUGAUGUCGCAAGGGCGGCUGUGAAAAAACAGCUCGUGGAGCCAGAGACGGUGUACGAGAGAUUGGUCGUGGAGAGCGCUGAUGCGAAGCUAUGGGAGCAGGUGUUACAGCUGCACGACGAAGCAAGGCAGAGUUGCAAGGAAGUACCCGCUCUCGUGAGGACGUGGAGGAGAAGAGCACUCACGUUUAUGAGCAAAGAGUCCAGGGCUAGUAAGAAGGACGCAGAGAGAAGCCAGAAGGAUGCCAAGGAGGAGGUGGUGGACAUGCCUCUGAAGGCAACAACCGCAGGUAAGGCGGCGAAGUUAUUACCCGAAGAGAAGCUGAAGCUGAUGGGUUGUAUCAUGGGAGGUGCGAGAGUCGAGAGUAGAAACAAGGGACGGACAUAUCUGGUGGCGUUUGAGCAAGAUCUGCGCCGGCCUGGUUCAAGGGAUGUGAUCCAGCAUCUGUACGAGUUGUUCGGCAAGUGGGCAGCUACAGCUCCUCGGGAGUACGACAGAAUUGUGGAGAAGACGGUCAAAAUCAAGACGGGUGAAGGAGGGGUGGAAGAAAAGACGAUCAAGGUGCGACGAAAAUUCAUUGGGUUCGAAACUCACUCGCUGGGGACCUUCCGCUUCUACUUUCACCAGUUCUACACGAAAGAGGGGAGAAGAUGUGUUCCACGCCUCAUUCAUCGGUGGCUCAAACCGCAGACGAUUGCAUACUGGUUGAUGUGCGGCGGGCGGAGGGGGGGUGGCAUUGGAGGCGGACGCGGGGGGAUUGUUUUUAACUCAGAUGGUUAUGAUGUGAAUGACAUACAGCGGCUUCGAAAGGUGGUCGAGGGUGUGAGGCCUGAGCAUGGCGACGUGAAGGGAAAGAAGGAUGCAUUCUUCCGAGUCAGAGGAAAGACUGUGGAGUGGCUGUGGAAGAGCGUGCAGCCAAUCGUGGUGCCAGCGGUGAGGAACUGGCUCUGCCCAUGGCCCUCCGAGGCUGCCAAGCAAGAAGGUACCACAGUUGCCAGUGUCGCGGACAAUCUAGAAGGGAGCGAAUUCGAUGUGGAAGAUUGGGAGGGUGAAGAUAAUGAGGAGGUGGUUUCUGAUGAGGAGGCAAGACGAGCUCAAAGAGCUGGAAAGAUUAUGAAUACCUUGCAAGAAGAGAAGGCUGUAGAGGGAGAAACUUAUGGUAUGGCAAUGAGAGCCACGGGGGCGGAGGCUCGUCUCGAAGUAUGGAGUGCAAGGGGGAGCAUGGGCUUUCUUGGUAAAGCCAUUGUCAUCAACAACUCUGUGCUCGCCACCCUCUGGUAUGCAGGGGCAGUGCAUAUGCCGGGAAAACGCACCUUCCUCUAUAUCAGGAAGUCGAUUCAUGCGCACCUGUGGUCGAACAACGCUAAAGCAAAAGACUCUAUAUGCAGAGUGGCCUGGAACAAGCUCGUUCAGCCAAGCCGAUUUGGGGGGUUGGGCCUCCUGGACCCGCAUCGUCAGGUCAUUGCGCUUCAGCUGCGACAACUAUUGUGGCAUCGGCUAGGAACGCAGGGGGAGGUGUGGCAAGAGGUCACCUGGUCUCAUUCGGCCUACUACGCGCUCCAGAUCCCGCGGGAGCUGGUGGACCUAUGCCUGCUGGGUGACAAGGCCAUUGCGCUUCAGCUGCGACAACUAUUGUGGCAUCUGCUAGGAACGCUGSGGGAGGUGUGGCAAGAGGUCACCUGGUCUCAUUCGGCCUACGCACUCCAGAUCCCGCGGGAGCUGGCGGACCUGUGCCUGCUGAGUGACAAGGCAAUGGUGCACAUUCGAAAGGGCACUGUAUGGUCAACAAAACUGGCUCUGUGGAGAAAGGUGCAGAUGCAAUGUCAGAUGCCAGAAACCGUGGAUUCGGUAUACAAGUAGCUGUUGUUCGGAAACAGGUUUAUAUGUGAUGCUGCUGGGGAUCCUUUGCCAUGGCAGAGCCCGGGAGGGGCCUAGGAGUGGAAAUGGGUUCUGCAAGGGAUCUAUAAAGUGGGACAUUUAUGGGACAAAGCCUGCAGGGACUGGCGGAGGGAUGAAGAGUUGCUGGAAUUCCUGCAGGGCCGGAUGAAGCGUCAGCAAAGGUUGAAGGAACUCGGGGAGGCUAUCCCCCCCCCAUUGGAUCAAAAUAUUGAGAAAGGAUGAAAUCUCCCCGGGACAAUGGGCCCGGGUGAAGCAGGCGGGGUUGCUGUGGCAAAUUUAUCCCUUGGCAAUGAGACUCGGGGAGGCUAUCCCCCCCUAGUCGCAUUCCCGGACCAGAGGCAGGCGGGGUUGCUGUGGCAAAUUUAUCCCUUGGCAAUGCCCGCAAUGGAUAGCAACCAAAAGUAGAUAUAAAGGACCAGAGUUGCGCCGCAGGGUGUGGACAAACGGAAAUUAUGCCCCACCUGUUUGUGCGAUGCCCAACUGUCUGGGCCUUUUGGGAAUGGUGGGCACAGGAGUUCGCUGAUAAAUCCCUGCUAGAGGU